GAGAGGAGAGAGAGGAGAGAUCCCUCUCUGAGGGGGAGAGACCCCUCUUUCUGUGUAGAGAUCCCUCUGUCGAGGGGAGGGUGUAGAGGAGGGGAGAGGAGAUUCCUUCAUUGUGAGGAGAGAUCUCUCCUGUAGAGGAGAGAAGAAGAGAUCCCUCAUUGUAGGGAGGGGAGAAAUCCCUCUGGAGAGGAGAGAGAUCGCUUAGUGAGGAGAGGAGAGGAGAGGGUCCCUCAUUGUUGGAGAGAUCCCUCAUUUUUGGGGGAGGGGAGAGAUCCCUCAGGGUGUGACGUUGAGGGAGGGGAGGGGAGCCUGAUGGAACAGUACAGCAUCCUUGGCAGAAUCGGGGAAGGGGCGCAUGGCAUCGUCUUCAAAGCCAAGCAGGUGGAGACAGGAGAGACAGUCGCUCUGAAGAAAGUGGCCUUGCGUAAACUUGAGGAUGGCAUUCCCAAUCAGGCUCUGCGGGAGAUCAAGGCUGUACAGGAAAUCGAGGACAACCAGCAUGUGGUGAAACUGAAGGAUGUCUUCCCCCACGGGACUGGAUUUGUCCUGGUCUUUGAGUACAUGUUGUCCGAUCUGUCGGAGGUGAUCCGGAACUCGGACAGGCCCCUCACUGAGUCGCAGGUCAAGGGGUACAUGAUGAUGCUGCUCAAAGGGGUGGCCUUCUGCCACGAGAACUCCAUCAUGCACAGGGACUUGAAGCCGGCUAACCUCCUCAUCAGUUCUACCGGGCACCUGAAAAUCGCCGACUUUGGCCUGGCCCGAGUCUUCUCUACCCAGGGAGGCCGCCUCUACAGUCACCAAGUAGCCACGCGGUGA